AUGGCGGAAAAGUACGACCUCACACAGACCCUUUUGCCCUACCUCGACAGGCAUCUGGGCCUGCCGCUCCUCUCGCACCUCGCUGGAACCGGCAUCUUCGCCGAAGCCGACAUCGCCAAGGCCCAGUAUGAACUCGCAAAAAACACCUCCAUGGUCGACUAUGCUUUGCAGCUCCACGAACAGGCCUACCCCAACCAGCCCGCACCCGCCGAGAUCGAAAAGCAGCGAGACACUGCCAUCGCUCUCAACGACAAGCUGGGCGGAGAAGUCGACCAUGUCCUCAAUGUCAUUCAGGACCCAGAGGUCGCCUCCGCGCUCAAACAGGACAAGGCGCAGAACUUGCAAUGGCUCGAGGAGAAGUACAGCCUCACCAGCGAGCAGAUCAACGCUCUGUACCGAUACGGAUACUUCCAGUUCAACUGCGGUAACUACGCCGAUGCCUCUUCGUACCUCUACCACUUCCGCAUUCUCUCGACCGACCCUGUGCUCAUCAUGAGCUCGCACUGGGGUAAGCUCGCCAGCGACAUCCUCUGCGGUGAAUGGGAGCAGGCGCUCGGCGAGCUCAAGCUGCUGCGCGAGCAGAUUGACUCUUCUGCCGCUCACGCGACCGCCUCCCAUGCGCCAUCGUCGUCUUCCAACGGUGCCGCACAGACCGACGACUUGACUCAGGAGGGACUCUUGAAGAAGCGCGCAUGGUUGCUUCACUGGGCACUCUUCAUCUUCUUCAACCACCCUCAAGGCCGAGAGCAGCUCGUCGAGAUGUUCCUCUCGCCCGUCUACCUCAACACCAUCCAGACCACCUGCUGGUGGUUGCUCCGAUACGUUGUGGCUGCCCUCCUCCUCUCGCGACGAACAACGCGCGUCUACCUGGUGCAGCAGCCCGGUCCUGCUACGCUCAUGUCCUCGGCAUCCAGCGCCAACGUCAACAAGUUGAGCCCGCAGGCAGCUAUCAAGGAUAUCACCAACAUCAUCGACUCAGAAUCGUACCGUCUCGCCGGCACCGAUCCCAUCGUCGACUUCCUCUCCAAGCUCUUUGUCGACUUCGACUUUGAGGCAGCGCAAGAGCAGCUCACCCUUGCCGAGCAGGUGGCUGGCAAGGAUUUCUUCCUCGGCGAAUUCAAGGACGAGCUGAUUGAGGCAUGCCGUGUUGUCAUCUCGGAAGCCUACUGCCGCAUCCACUCCAAGGUCGACAUCGCUGACCUCGUCAAGCGACUCAACCUGUCCAAGGAGGAUGGCGAGAAGUGGAUUGUCAACCUCGUGCGCGACACUCGUGCCGAUGCCAAGAUCGACUUCAAGGAGGGCAUGGUGUUCAUGAACCCCACUCACCCUCCCAUCUACCAGACCAUCAUCGAGAAGACAAGAGGCUUCACCUUCCGCACCUCGGCCAUGGGCACGGCCAUCGACCGCAAGGCGCACCCGCCUUCGCUCAACAACACACACAACCUCAACGGCAACGACAAGCGUGGUGGUCCCGGCGGCCGUGGCGGUCGUGGUGGCCAGCGCAACCAGGGUGGCCAGCGUGGAGACCGCUCGCACAACAACGAGUCGAAGCGUGAGGGCGAGUCGGCACCCGCAGCAGAGGCACAGCAGCAAUCAUCAGCGCCAGCCGUUGCUGCCAACUAA